GUCGAGCGGGCGCUGCUAGCGGAGGCGCCAUAUUGGAAGGGACAAAACUCCGGCGACAGCGAGUGACACAAAUAAACCCCUGGACCCCUUCGUCCCCCCAGCUGUAAGGGCCGCGAUGUUGUACCUAGAGGACUAUUUGGAAAUGAUUGAGCAGCUUCCGAUGGACCUGCGGGACCGCUUCACGGAGAUGCGCGAGAUGGAUCUGCAGGUGCAGAAUGCAAUGGACCAGCUAGAACAGAGAGUCAGUGAGUUCUUCAUGAAUGCAAAGAAAAAUAAACCUGAGUGGAGAGAAGAACAGAUGGCAUCCAUCAAAAAAGACUAUUAUAAGGCUUUGGAAGAUGCAGAUGAGAAGGUGCAGUUGGCAAACCAGAUAUAUGACUUGGUAGAUCGUCACUUGAGAAAGCUGGAUCAAGAACUGGCUAAAUUUAAAAUGGAGCUGGAAGCUGAUAAUGCUGGAAUUACAGAAAUACUAGAGAGACGAUCUUUGGAAUUGGAUACUCCUUCACAGCCAGUGAACAAUCACCAUGCUCAUUCACAUACUCCAGUAGAAAAAAGGAAAUAUAAUCCAACUUCUCACCAUACGACAACAGAUCAUAUUCCUGAAAAGAAGUUUAAAUCCGAAGCUCUUCUGUCUACCCUUACAUCAGAUGCUUCUAAGGAAAACACACUGGGUUGUCGAAACAAUAACUCCACAGCUUCCUCCAACAGUGCAUACAACGUGAAUUCCUCCCAACCUCUGGCAUCCUAUAACAUUGGCUCAUUAUCUUCAGGGACGGGCGCAGGGGCAAUUACCAUGGCAGCUGCUCAAGCAGUUCAAGCCACAGCACAGAUGAAAGAAGGACGUCGAACAUCGAGUUUAAAAGCUAGUUAUGAGGCGUUUAAGAACAAUGACUUUCAGCUGGGAAAAGAGUUUUCCAUGCCCAGAGAAACAGCUGGCUACUCAUCAUCGUCGGCGCUCAUGACAACGUUAACCCAGAACGCCAGCGCCUCGGCUGCAGACUCACGCAGUGGCCGAAAAAGCAAAAACAACACCAAGUCUUCAAGCCAACAGUCCUCUUCUUCCUCUUCCUCCUCUUCCUUGUCAUCGUGUUCGUCAUCUUCAACCGUCGUGCAAGAAGUCUCUCAACAAACAACAGUAGUACCAGAAUCUGAUUCAAAUAGUCAGGUUGACUGGACUUAUGAUCCCAAUGAGCCUCGAUACUGCAUCUGCAAUCAGGUAUCUUAUGGAGAGAUGGUGGGGUGUGAUAACCAAGAUUGUCCAAUAGAGUGGUUCCACUAUGGGUGUGUGGGACUGACAGAAGCACCAAAAGGAAAAUGGUACUGUCCACAGUGCACUGCUGCGAUGAAGAGAAGAGGCAGUCGACACAAAUAAAGGCGUCCUCUCAUUGAAGGAGGAACGACCCUCCCUCAGCAUUUUAUAUAGGACUCUAAGAAACAAAAGAGAGAAGAAACAACUCACUUUCAGGCAACCACUUAAAGGAUUUUCAUAGACAAUCCUAUAAGAUCUUGAACUUGAAUUUUAUGAGUUGUAUUUUAAUAAUGUAAGUAAAUUAUUUAUGCACUCCUGGUGUGCUAUGAAUAUUAUUCCAGUUAGCCUUGGAUUAUUUCUGUGGCCAACAUAUGCAGACAUUUGUACUCCUCAACCAUUUUCUCAAAGUAAUGGGCAUUCUAUAAUUUAGACUUCAAAGAAUUCCAACGAUGAAGAUUUUAAGAAAAGUAUUUUAUAUUGACAGGUAUAUUCUGCUGCAUGUACUGUACUCCAGAGCUGUAUGUAACACUGUACAUAAAGGGUUGCAAAAAAAAAAAUCCUAAAGAGGAUUUAAGAUAAUGGUUUUUAAUGCCUUUAUAAUAAGCUUUGUUUCUUUGUGAAACUCAUUCAGCAGGCUGAAAGAAAUGGUUCAUGUGAUGAAGUGGGCUGGUGUCCUCUAGAGUACCUGGGUACAUAAACAGAAACUCCUGUAGGUAAAAGCUGAUUCGUGCCAUUAGUCUUUCUAUGUUUCUGCAUCCAGAUAGAGUGCAGCUCAAAAGG